AUGGCUAUGCCACAAUUUCAAGAUUAUUUUAAACCACUGACACCAGCUAUCAAAGGUGCCCUAAACUCACUCAUGGGAUGUGGUGCUGUCUUUGGCUGUUUGGCAGCCGGUAUCUUUUCUGAUCGAUGGGGUCGUCGUGACAGUAUCUAUGGUUUCGCCCUCAUUUUUAUCGUAGGCGGCGUACUUCAAUGCGCUUCACAUAAUAUUGCAAUGCAGGAAGUUCCCAUGUAUAAUGCCGAGUUGGCUCCAAAAGAGAUUUGUGGUCGACUGACUGGUUUCCAACAGCUUAUGAUUGACGCGGGUAUGCUCAUUUCGGCUUGGCUAGAUUACGGUACCAUGUACGUCCAAAGUGAUUGGUCUUGGCGGAUUCCAUACUUGGUCCAAACUAUUCCUGCCAUUCUAUUAGCAGCUUGCCCGUUUAUUUUACCUCGCUCACCCCGUUGGUUGAUUGAAAAGGGACGUACAGAAGAUACUCUUGAUGUGUUGGCCAAGGUUCACGGAAACGCCAAUCGUAACCACCUUUGCGUGCUGCAAGAAUUUAACGAAAUCAACGACAAUAUACAACUAGAAAAUAAUGUGGCCGUUGACUCGUACGUUCGUAUGGUCAAAGAUCCUCGCAACCGUCAUGUGCUGUCGGUAGGUUGCUCUGUAGCUAUUUUUCAACAAUUAACAGGCGCCAAUGUCAUCAUGUACUGUGCUGCUUUCAUGUUUCAACAAGCUGGUCUUAAAGCAUCUCUCUCUGUUGGCAUGUAUCUUGUGGAUAAAGUAGGCCGUGUUAAGCUCAUGGUAAUCGGUUCCAUCGGUAUGUGCUGUGGCUUCUUUAUCAUGGCUGGUCUCUAUGGUGGACUAGGGUAUACAGAAUGGAAUGAAGAGCAAUCGAGUCAUGUCAUCAAUAUGACACCUGUCGCUUGGAUUUACAUAGCAGAAAUUUUCCCUCUUCGCAUCCGCAGUAAGGGUUUUGCUCUGGCAUCGGCUAUUCUUUGGGUUGGUAACAUCUUGGUGGGACAGAUUGCAUCUAUUCUGAUGGACAGUAUCACUUAUGCUACAUAUAUCGUCUAUGGCAUUAUCGGUCUCAUCAUGUUGGCCUGGAUGUUCCUCUUUGCUCUUGAACCGAGAGGCUUGUCCCUAGAGGAAAUGGAACUUGUAUUCCACGGUUCUGUUAUUGUGACAAAUUUUAAAUAUGAUGAAUAUCUCUAGAGCUAUCGUGAAGAAAUUGGAAGAGCUCGUCAACAAUUUGGCGCUACAAACAAUUAUCAACUUGGUAAGUUUAACAGCAGCGAUCAACAUUUAGAAGUUGAUAGUGCUUCUUUACGAUCAGAAAAGUUUCUGGAACAAAAAUGAAGGCAAACUGCAGUAAUAUCCCAAUGAACACAGAGUAGAAUUCUUUAUUAGGCUAACGACAACGACCGUCUUGAAUUUAAGCAUCAAUAUUUAUGUCUUUUUUUUUUUUUACUUUUUUGGGAGUCUAUAAAUUCACUUUU